UUCAGGAGGGAGUAUAUAAGCCAGAGCCUGGGCCAUUCUUCACAACUACAUUGGACAGUCAUCUGCUUGGAGUUGCCUUACUCUGAAGUGGGAGAGCUCUUGUGAUGAAAAUGGAUGCUAUCAACGAGAAUGCCUGGUGGACAUUGCCUGAAAACUUUGAUGCCCCACUUGUGACAUUCAUAGAUGAAGCCCAGGAAGAGCACAUAUUUGGCCAUGACGACUUAUACCUCAGAAGCAUCGAGCUACACAGCAACACCCUCAUUCAACUGGAGAGGUGGUUUACAGCCUCAGGCCAGACUCGAGUCACUGUGGUUGGACCACUCAGAGCAAAGCGGUGGUUGAUGGAUAUGAUUCGGAGUGUGGGGAGCCAGCAAGCUUACCACCAGGCCCGAGGUGAAAAGAUGUUGCAUCGCGUCCAGAACCAACCACUGACCAAAGCUGACUUGGAUAACUUUUUCAGAAUGCUCGCAUACAUAUUUGGCCUGAUUCUUGAUAUGGUUUUUGGGUUCUGACCUGCCUGGCCUCGACCUCACAGAUAUACACCUGGCUCUGUCUCCCGAGUACCGGGAUUAAAGCUGUUCACCACUACCAGGCUCAUA